AGUAACCAAACUUGAAAAGUUAAAUUAGUACUUGCUCUAAAUUUCUUCUGUCAGCGGAAUGUCAAAAAUAAAAUUUGUUGAUAAAAUUUGAUAAAAAAUUUAAUUAUCAAAAUCGAAGAAAAUCUAUUAUUUCGUAACUAUUCAAAUGAUGCAUCUUAUUUAAUUGAUUACAAAAUAGAUACCAUUUGAUCUCUGUUGACUGGUUUUGCUGGCUUACUGCAGAUACAAUUAAUGUCAAUGUGUACCAUGCCAGUAUUACCUAUGAAUUCGAAGCAUUUUGAAUCCCGUGAUAAUCAUCCAAUAAAACCUGAAAAGAAUGAUAUUGUAUUGAGCUAUCAUGACUAUCUACUUAGAACAUCAGAUACUAUAUUACUCAAAAGAAACGACUGGCUUAAUGACAUUAUAAUAGGAUUUUAUUUUGAAUAUUUGAAUCAACAAUAUAAGAAGAAUGGUAAAAGCCGGUUAUUAUUUAUUGGACCUGAAGUGGCUCAACUAUUAAAGAUGCAAAACUUUUCGCAGUAUGAUAUAUUUCUCGAUCCUAUUGAGGCUAGAAGUUAUGAUUUUAUAUUUUUCCCUCUAAAUGACUGUGAUAGCAAUGAGGCAGGUGGUUCGCAUUGGAGCUUAUUGGUGUACUCUUCUAAGGAAAUGAUGUGUUAUCACUUUGAUUCGUCAAACAAUAUUAACAGCUUUUCUGCGAAAAAACUUGCACGGAAAUUGAUAAAAUAUUUUCUUAACAAACAAGAAAUAAGAUAUUUUGAAAUGGAUUGUCCGCAGCAAAAUAAUAACUACGACUGUGGUUUAUAUGUCUUAUGUUUAGCAGAAGUAAUAUCUCGGCAUGUUAUAAGAGAUCCCAAGAUGUGCAAUUGUGAUUGCAGUAUUAUUACAGAAAUAGUACCAAAAAAACGUGCUGAGUUAUUAAAAUUAAUUUAUGAUUUGAAAAAUACAGAUGACAGUGCAUAAUAGAAUUGUUAUUUUAAUAUCAAUUACAUCAUCUAUUAUGAUUUAUUGAUAAUAAACUUACUGAUGUUCCUUAAU